GCCUUCGACGACGACAGCGACAGCGACAGCCUCACGGUCCACACCACUCUCAAUCCCUCCAAUCCCCCUUUUUUCAAGUUACAUAGACACCCACCAACCGCCACAAUGUCGCGCCGGGAGCCCCAGUUCAACCAGCAGAUCCUCGUGGAUACGACCCCGAUGCCGGAUCACAUCCCCAAGGUGGAGGAGAUCGGAACCACGUCGGCGCCGCUCACCAGCGCGGCUUACUUCAUCGGCGACCGCUGCAAGGCCUUCAACGACGACUACAUGAAGUGCAAGGUGGAGUCGAACGGCCGUGGGGAAUUGGAGUGUCUGAAGGAAGGGCGGAAGGUCACGCGCUGUGCGGCUAGUGUAAUCAAGGAUAUCAACACCCACUGCUUGCAGCAGUUCAAUGCGCACUGGGAGUGUCUUGAGAACAACAACCACCGUCUGUGGGAGUGCCGAAAGGCGGAGAUGAACCUGAAUAGCUGCGUGUUCGAGAAGCUGGGCCUCAAAAAAACCAUUCCCGGCACUCCCGAAAACGUCGUCCCCGUGCACUUGCGUCCCAAGCAGCAGUACGCCCAGUACAGCGGUCCCCAAUGGUGAACCAGAAACUACUACGAAAAAUAAAUGAAAAAAAGAUAACAAGCCAGGACGCUUUAUGGCAGUAUUUUAUGUUGAUUUUCCUAUCUUUUUUCCCCUUUCUUAAUUCGUUCGGUCUAGAUUUGGCUCUGCUUCAGGGAAUGCGUUGGUUCCUUUGAUUGAUCGGGCUGUGCGUCUUGUCUUGUCUUGUGUCUGUCUGUGUAUGUGUAUAUAUUAGCAUUAGGAAUCGAUGGUUGUUUGAAUCGUC